AUGAGUUCCUACAUUCAAUCCUAAUUUAAUAUUUCAGAUAAAUAAUUGUUUGAUUUUACAAAGCCUUAGCCAAACUCAGAUUCAGAUGAAGAUGAAUUAAAUCAAUCAUUACUAUUAAUGAAUAAUAAAGAUUAUAAAAAAUAAAAGAAACUUAUUGAUAUUGAAUCCAUAAAAUCAGAACUAAAUAAGUUACCACCUUUCACUAUUGAUCAUUAGCAAAAAAAAUAUAGUAAAAAAUUUCAGAAAGCAAGUUUAAGAACUUUAUCGAAUACAUUCAUUCCAACUUCACCAAUUUUAAUUGAACAACUUGGAUAAGUAAAAUCAAUAAAAUUUAUGAAAGAAUAAAUUCCACCUGAAAUUAUGCAUAAAGUAUAUACUUAAUUAAGGUAUUACUUAUAUAUUAGAUUUUAGAUAUUAAUACAUUCCAGCAUUUAAUAUAGUAUAUAGAUAGGGAGACCAAAAUAAAUACUUUUAUAUUAUUCUAGAUGGAAGAUGUGUAGUUUUAAAACCUAAAGAAAAAAUGGUUGGAAUUAAUAGUAUAGAGAUUGAAUUAGAUUAAGAAAAUAAAUCAACCAUUGAUCCUUAUGGUUUAAAGAGUUUAUUUCCUGAGUAUAUGAUAAUGAAAAUGCUAUUUUCUGGAGAGUAUGAUUUUUAAAUAGAAAAUUGUUAGUUCUUUUGGUGAGGUUGCUAUAAAAUUGGAAAGUUCAAGGGCUUCAACAGUUUUUGCAGUUGAAAAUACUCAUCUUUUAUAUAUGACUGAAGCAGCAUAUGUUUAAUUAUUGGAUCCUUAUUUAAGUGAAGCAUUAGAAGAAAAAAUAUAAUAUUUUAAAAGAAAUACACUAUUCACAUCAGCUGAUUCAGACUUGAAUGAAAUAAUGGGAAUUUUACUAGAAUGUAGAAAAAUAUCAUAUAAAUCUGGAGAAAUCAUAUAUCAAGAAGGAAAUAAAUCUAAUUCCUUAUUUUUUAUCAUUAAUGGAGAAGUUUAACUUUCCAAAACGAUUGGAGACAGGAAUCUAGUAUUAUCUUCUUAUGGAGAACAUUAAUAAUUUGGAGAAGUGGAAAUUUUGAAUAAAAUCACAAGAUUUACUACUGCUAGAGCUAUAUCACCUAGAUUAAUUGUUUAUAAAAUAAGAAAAAAUAAAUUUUUUAAUAAUCUAGGCAACUUUGUUGUUUAUGAUAAUAUGAAGAAAUAAUCUAAAUUAAUUCUUUAACAUUGGAAUAUAAUUUAUAAAUCUGCUAUUGCAUAAAUGAAUGAUCAAAAUAAUGUAAAAGCUGUAUAUCAAUAUAGGUUUAUUUGCAUAUUGAUAAAAAGAAAACUUAAGAAAAAAGAAAGAAGUAUCACUCAUCUAACCAUAGCAUGAGUUAAGUUUAAGUAUAUCAAAAUAUGACAGAAUCAGGUAUAAUAAAUGAUGAUUCUUGUGAACUACUCACAGAAGAUAAGGGAUAAAGAGUUUUUAGUAAUGCACUUCAAUAAUAUUAGUAAAAAUUAAAGAAAUUUGGAAAUCAAAAUCUUGAAUCCUAAACAAAAUAAGUUAGAGAACUGUAUUAAAAUACUUAAAUUAUUAAGUACUUAUAAUGAUGAGAGACUAGUUCCUAAAUUAAGAUAGAGGAAGUUGGAAAAAUUCUCUUUUCAUGCUAAAUUGCCUAGCAUAAGUCCUAAUAAAAUUCUCCCUUAGAUGAAUUUAGAUUAGAUUCUAGAUUCAAUAACAAGAUUGCCAAAAGUACCAUAGGAUAAUUUAAUACUUUCUUUAAUGUAUCAGGAAGCGUAUAAAUCUAAUAACCCUGAUAAAAAGGCUAGAUAAGUCCAAUAACUUAUAUAAGCUUCAUUCAAAAAAGUCAGAAAAUAUUAAACCUCUAAAGAACCAAUAUUAAACUAAGCAAGAUUCAAAUCUACUGAUUCUUUAUUGAAGAAUCUUAAAAUUAAUGACAGUUUAGAAGAAAAGAAAGAGAAAAUAGAUUAUCUAAAUUUCGUUUAGCCAAAAAAAAUAUUUUGA